UCAGUGAGGGAGAGAGAGAGAAACAGAGAGACAGAGAGAGAGAGAGGUUUCCCUAGCAAUCGGCUCAGAUCGUCCGGUCUUCUCCCUCUCCAGUCUUUCUUCUCCACUUCAGAUCGGAGGUGACAGGUGAUCGGGCUGUCUGUCUGUCGGAUGUUCUUGGGCAGGAUUCUUCCCACCGCGGUGAGGCUGGACGGAUAAACUCACCAUGGCGCUGGAACCGGAGGGGAACAACCGGCUCCUGCAAGACGUGCUGGCGAGACCGGGCAACGAAACGUGCGCGGACUGCGGCAAUCCAGAGCCGGACUGGGCGUCGCUGACUUUGGGUGUGUUUGUUUGCCAGGCCUGUUCGCUCCUUCACCGGAGCAUUCCCCACAUCAGCCGGGUCAAGUCUGUCCAGGACACGUGGGAUGCCAGCGAGGUGGAGUUGAUGGCUGCUACGGGAAACAAUGCAGCCAAGGCCAAAUAUGAGCAGAAGGUUCCGGCUUUCUACUACAGACCAACACACACUGACUGCAAGCUGCUGAGAGAGCAGUGGAUCAGAGCGAAGUACGAGAGGAAUGAGUUUGAGUUUAUCGAAAAACAGGAGCCUUACUCUGCAGGGUACAGAGAGGGGUUUCUAUGGAAACGAGGAAGAGACAACGGUCAGUUUCUCAGCCGAAAGUUCAUCCUGUCGGAGAGGGAGGGAGCGCUGAAAUACUUCAACAAGCAGGAUGCCAGGGAUCCCAAAGCAGUGAUGAAGAUUGAGACCCUCAAUGCCACCUUCCAACCGGCCAAGAUUGGCAACCCCUGUGGUCUGCAGAUCACCUACCUGAAAGACAACAGCACAAGGAACAUCUUUGUCUACCACAGUGAUGCUAAGGAGAUGGUUGACUGGUUCAAUGCCAUCAGAGCAGCCAGGUUCCACUACCUACAGGUGGCCUUCCCUGGAGCAAGUGACGAAGAGCUGGUACCCAAACUAACCCGAAACUUCAUGAAAGAAGGCUUUAUGGAGAAAACAGGUCCAAAGCACACAGAGGGCUUCAAGAAGAGGUGGUUUACUAUGGAUGACAGAAGACUCAUGUACUUUAAAGACCCUCUGGAUGCCUAUGCCCGUGGUGAGGUGUUCAUUGGCAGUAAGGAGAACAGCUACACUGUCCUAGCCGGCUUGCCCCCCUCCACACAGGGCUACCACUGGAACAAUGGCAUCACCAUUGUCACGCCAGACAGGAAGUUCCUGUUUGCCUGUGAGACCGAGGCAGAGCAGCGGGAUUGGAUAGCUGCCUUCCAGAGGGUUAUUAAUCGACCAAUGAGGCCACAGGAAUAUGCAG